AUGACACCACAGAGUGGAAUGGAGACGGCGUCGAUUGCCAAUGCCUGCAUGAAAGCUGUGACAGUUGGCAGAGAUGAUAUGCUUGAGGCAUUCAAACUUAUCAACUUUGAUUUCAAGAGCGCUACCAAGACCGAACAACACGGGGGUAUCAAGAGUACCGAACCGGGCAACAUGAGCGUCAAAGCCGAGAUGGAUAUGCCCUUUGCUAUGAUUGUCAUGGCAACAUUGUUCUCUGAUUUUGACGACAUCAAACGGUCCAAGCGACGAGAUGCUUCAUCUAUUGACAGAAUACCGCUCUUCAUGCUUUCGUGA